AUGCUCACCGGGAACCAGGGAAACGCGCAGCGGGCCCGGGAGCGCACGGGGAGACGCGGGAGCGCGCGGCGGGCCCGGGAGCGUUCGGGGGUCCGGGGGAGCGCGCGGCGGGCGAGAGAGCGCAAGGGGGAGCGCGCGGCGGACUGGGAGGAGAGGGGCCGGGGGAGCUCGCUGGGCCCGGGGAACGCGCGGCGGGCCAGAGAGUUGUUGGAGCCGCUCCGGCACCUCCUGAGGUUGGUCCCGCUGUCGGCAGCACGCGGUGGGAGAGCUGCGGGCCCCCGCGUGGCCUGCGGCCAGAGACGCCGCACUCCGGGCUUCUGGAAGCGGGUCCCUGCCCCCUCGUUUGUAAACGUCUCAGUUCCAGAGAGUAAUUUCACAGAGCUUGAAGGCAUCGACUACAAGACCACCACCAUCCUGCUGGACGGCCGGAGGGUGAAACUGCAGCUCUGGGAUACAUCCGGGCAGGGAAGAUUUUGUACCAUAUUCCGCUCCUACUCUCGGGGCGCACAGGGUGUGAUCCUGGUCUAUGACAUCGCAAACCGCUGGUCCUUCGAUGGCAUCGACAGGUGGAUUAAGGAGAUAGACGAGCACGCCCCUGGUGUCCCUAAAAUCCUGGUGGGAAACCGCCUGCACCUGGCUUUCAAGCGGCAGGUCCCCACGGCGCAGGCGCAGGCCUACGCGGAGCGCCUGGGCGUCACCUUCUUCGAGGUCAGCCCUCUGUGCAAGUUCAACAUCACCGAGUCCUUCACGGAGCUGGCCAGGACCGUGCUGCUGCGGCACGGGACGGACCGGCUCUGGAGGCCGAGCAAGGUGCUGAGCCUGCAGGACCUGUGCUGCCGGGCGGUGGUGUCCUGCACGCCCGUGCACCUGGUGGACAAGCUCCCGCUGCCCAUGGCCUUGAGAGGCCACCUCAAAUCGUUCUCCAUGGCCAGCGGCCUGAACGCCAGGAUGAUGCACGGCCGCUCCUACUCGCUCACCGCCAGCUCCACCCACAAGAGGAGCGGCCUCCGCAAAGCGAAGGCCCCCCGCCCGCCCCAGAGCCCGCCCCGGCGCUGCCCCAGGAACAGCUGUAAAGUCUCCUGAAGAAGGCGCCAGAGCACGGACGCUGCCCCUCCGGGGGACACGCUGAGUCAUCACACGCGGCGGGCGCCGAGCCCGGUCCAGGCCCAGGAAAGCACCUGCCCAUCUCCCUCGGUGAGAUCUCUCUCGGCGAGACCUCUCUCCGUGCCCCAGCCGCUCCGCGCAGGGAAAGCACAGCCUGACCGACGCUUCUCCGUGGAUGUGCAUGAAGCUGUUGUUUUCAACGUGGGUUUGUCCGGGGGGGCGGUCGGCACGCUGCUCACCCCUCGACGGCGUGACAGUCUGGGUGAUUGCGCACGCCUUGCCCCAACACGACUGCCUUUGUAAGAGCCGCGACGCGCAUGUGAGGAGGGCAUUCUGGGGACUCUGGAAGCAACGGGAGAGAGAAAUUAGGCUUGGACCUCACGAGAGGGCCAGAGGGCCGUCUUGUAAACCUCUUCACAUCAACGUGCUCGUUUACGGAGCGUUCUCUGCGGAGAAGCAGAGAUUACGCAGGGCGGGUCUGACACGGAUUUGAUAAAGUUUUUGCUAUGUUAUUUACCAUGUUUGGGAUUAAUAAGUGAUUUAUAUGCAUAUUUUUCUGUAAAUCUACAUUUUUUUGUACACGAUGUUCCACAAGGUAUGAAGCAAAGGGAAGAAAAUGCCAAAGAUAUCUCUAGUUGUGCCGAACGGCUACAGCACAGUCACAACAGAUCCAGGUCGGCAAGGAAAUUAUUAUCCGGAGCCAUUUCGGUAAGGAAUGAAGUGGGCACUGUUAUUGAAGAAAAUGUUUCUCGACAAUAAAACGUAUACUUGUUUCUUG